CGCCUGCGCCCAAGAGCCGGGCUUGUGAGUGGGGCGGCCUAGCGGGCAGGCGUGGGGCAAGGCCAAAGGACUGAACCCGCAGGAGCGUCACGGGCGCCGGGGCGGCUGCAGACGGCGGGCCUGGAUAAUUACUAACAAGUUGGCUCUGACAUGUACACGUUAUGCGCCAAAUUGGAGUCUCUCAAAAUGAAAGAACAAAACGAUUUUAACAACGAAAGUUCUAACACAUAGUCGUGUUAUUUUUCUUCAGGUUUUCGAUCAGAUGUUCCACAUAAUAAUGCUGGAGUUAAGAAGUUUCCAUUCUUUUGCUGAAAACCAGAAGACUCUGUUUCCUGUAUAUAGAAUGGGAGUAAUGUUUGAAAACAACUGGCUGGUGUUUAAAAUUGAAGAUUGUUGUGACUGUUUGUCCUAAUUCCAAUGCUGAAGUAAGAUUGUCUUGGAAAUACUAAUUUGGGGUAAUCCAAAUCUUCUGGAACCAUGAAAAUUUUGCUGGUUUUUGACUUUGACAAUACAAUCAUAGAUGACAAUAGUGACACCUGGAUUGUACGAUGUGCUCCAAACAAAAAGCUUCCUACUGAACUAAGUGAUUCUUAUCAAAAAGGAUUUUGGACAGAAUUUAUGGGCAGAGUCUUUAAGUAUUUGGGAGAUAAAGGUGUAAGAGAACAUGAAAUGAAAAGAGCAGUGAUAUCAAUGCCUUUCACUCCAGGGAUGGUGGAACUCUUCAACUUUAUAAGAAGGAAUAAGGAUAAAUUUGAUUGCAUCAUUAUUUCAGAUUCAAAUUCGGUCUUCAUAGAUUGGGUUUUAGAAGCUGCCGGUUUUCAUGACGUGUUUGAUAAAGUGUUUACAAAUCCAGCAGCUUUUAAUAGCAAUGGUCAUCUCACUGUGGAAAAUUAUCAUACUCAUUCUUGCAAUCGAUGCCCUAAGAAUCUUUGCAAAAAGGCAGUUUUGAUAGAAUUUUUAGAUAAACAGCUACAACAGGGAGUGAAUUAUACACAAAUUGUUUAUAUUGGUGAUGGUGGAAAUGAUGUCUGUCCAGUCACUUUUUUAAAGAACGAUGAUGUUGCCAUGCCACGGAAAGAAUAUACCUUGCAGAAAACUCUUUCCAGAAUGUCUAAAAAUCUUGAGCCUAUGGAAUAUUCUGUUGUAGUUUGGUCCUCAGGUGUUGAUAUAAUUUCUCAUUUACAAUUUCUAAUAAAGGAAUAAUAUGCCAGCAAUUGAAAAGUGUAUCAUCACUUAAGAUUAGGUUCAGCAGCAUAAAACUAAAAUCCUAAAUGCUAGAGGCUU